AUGCGUUCUUCAACCCUCUACCUCGCCCUCAUUGCCUGUGUGGCCUCCUCCGCCUCCGCAACCUAUACUAACGGCGACGACUUCUUCAAUGACCUCCCCACUUGUAUCCAGAAGUGCAACUCGGUCAUCAUCGACAACGUGAAAGCACUGUGCGACAAUUCCAGCAACAGCCUCCAGUGCAUAUGCACAGGAGUCGAUGGCCCUAACGCGAUCAACGAGACCGUCAGCAACGAUGCGGCGGCAUGCUCCCUGAAAUGCUCAGAGGACGACCAGAACGCGCUCAUGAAGCUUGGCUUGGACAUGGCGUCGAGCUGCGUGCCAUAUCUCGAUGGUGAAGACUCCUCAGACAACUCCACAUCCUCCUCAAUGUCCGGCACCGCAACGGCCACCAAGACCGCAGGCGCAUCCUCCACCGGCGGCAGCAUGAGCACCAUGACUGCCACCGCCUCGGGCUCGGGCUCGGGCUCAGCGACACAGUCGCCGUCGAGCACGGCGUCUGGCGCGCCGGCUGCGACAGGCGCGGCCGGACAACUGGUGUUGGGUGGGGCGUUGUUGAUCCCGGCGUUGCUGGCGGGAUUGAUGAUCUAG